AUGCGAUCACCUCUUCUUCUCAUCCUCUUUCUUGACCUGUUAAGGUACAGCUCGGCAAAUCAAUUUUGGUUGAGUGCCGAAGUGGAACAGAUUGAUUGGACCGAUGGAUGCUUGACGACUGCUCUGUGCUCACAUCCGAGGUUCCAACUUAUCAAAGAUCUUCUUCCAGUUAAUGAAAAAGUCACUAUGAAUUGGCCAAUCGUUGAGCAUUUUGAUAAGGAAUCUCAUCGUCCAUUCGUUUCUUACUGGCCAUCAGGACGUACCGAGGAUAUUUCAAUGUCUGCUCAAGUUGUGGGAACUGAUAGGACUUAUGGAUUCCCGAGAAUAUGUGAUCAGUCGCCAUCGGUUAGAAUCUUUCCGGAAGAACAUAAAAAAAUUUUGGCUCAUUUGGAAAAGGAGAAAACUACUGGAAAACCACCGAUGGAUUCAUUGAAAAUUAAAGUAAAAGGAAAGUGUUUCAACGCGACGAUGACUGUUAUGAAGCACACAGAAAGAUGUCCAUGGUGUCCGGAUCCAAAAGAAAUCACCAUUAUUGGACAGGAACCAGGAAGUGAGGCGACUGGAAUGAGAGCUGGAUCUGCUGCGUGGCUAUUCGGAUCCUCUUCUUCCCUGAUUUCCGAUGAUAGAAUCGUUCACAUUGGAGUCCUGGUUCUAGCGGUUGUUGCCGUUUUAGCUUCUACUGCAUUUGCUGUGAUCCUUGUGAUGUAUUUGAGAAACAAGAGAUUGGUCAAAGAGACACUCAAAAAACCACGCUUCCAUCCAUAUAUUUCCGUUAAAGGACACGAGAUUGCUGAGGAUAAUAACAGAUAUGAUCUUCCAUGGGAGCAACAACAACGCCCAUUAACAUAUUGGAUGACGUCUUCAAACAAAUCAUCUGAAUCCACAAUGACAUCUCCAUUAGAUUCUGCUUCUUCGCUUCAUGGAAGUGGAAGUCAUCAGAAUCCGAAUAUUUUCAAUUCUCAACAUCAUCAUCAGAAUCCUCAUCCGGAGAUGUACCAUUCAACAUACACUCGGGAUGGAUAUCAAACUUAUCGUCCACCUCCACCAUCUGUUCAUCCACCAAUUUUCCCACCACAAACUCAACUUUUUCAUCCGCCAACCUAUUCAACACAACGUCAUGUAACGUCUCCAAACUCGUCAAGACAUGAUGAUUCUGGAUUGGAAUCAGUGUGA